AUGAGCGCCAAAAUAGAAGUCAGUUUUGAUCCAAAAGAGCACCAGCAUCUGCGUUAUAACCCUCUGUGGGACACAUGGGUCCUGGUGUCCGCUCACCGCAUGAAGAGACCCUGGGCAGGUCAGGUAGAAAAACCUCCUGAGGAACACAUACCCAGACAUGACUCCCGCAACCCACUCUGUCCCGGGAACACAUGUGCAAAUGGAGAGGUAAAUCCAGGCUAUGAAAGCACUUUUCUUUUUGAAAAUGACUUCACUGCUCUUCAACCAGAUGCUCCAGAUCCUGGUUCAGAUCAACAUCCACUGUUCCAGUCUAAAGCUGCCAGGGGCGUCUGUUCAGUGGUCCACAACCUUUUUUAUGCCACGGACCGGUUUCAUAUCUAUGAGAAUAAAGGAGCUAUGAUGGGCUAUUCAAAUCCUCACCCUCACUGUCAGGUAAGAAAUGUACACAUGCAUAAAAUCACACAAGGUAGUCAUUUGACUUGCACUCAAGCGCAAGUGCGAAAACAUUUAGCAAUUUCUACGACACCAAUAAAUCAAAUGUCCUGGAAGGGAGAAUAUUAAGUUCAGGAAUACAUACAUAUAUUAUGACACAUACACCAACC